AUGCUCUCCUUCGGCCGCGACAAAGAGAAGGCGGGCAGUGACCCCUCCGACAUCACAGCUGGAAACCGCCAUGAUAUCGAGGAGGCGUAUGUCGCGGACAAUGCUGACCAGCUGCAACGACACUUGGGAAACCGACAAAUUCAGCUCAUUGCCAUUGGAGGCUCCAUCGGUACUGCUCUCUUCGUGAGCAUCGGCGGCGGUCUGUACCGGGGAGGUGCUGGGAAUCUGCUGAUUGCCUACACGAUCCAGAGCCUGAUUCUUGCCAUGGUCAACAACGGCGUGGCGGAAAUGAGUACUGCUUAUCCAGUCAGUGGUGGCUUUAUUCGCCUGGCUGGCAAGUGGGUAGACGAUGCUCUUGGUUUCAUGGUCGGCUGGAACUUCUUUUUCUACGAAGCCCUGCUCAUACCGUUCGAGAUUUCUGCUUUUACUCUGGUUUGUUCUUUUUGGAGUGAGGAAAUCACGAAGCCUGGCCCUACUGCUGGAAUUGUGCUCGGUGUAAUCAUCUGCUACGGCACGAUCAACAUGUUUGCCGUCGGAGCGUAUGGUGAGGCCGAGUUCUGGCUUUCUGGGGGCAAGGUGAUUCUCAUAUUUUCGUUGUUCUUCUUCACCUUUGUUACCAUGGUCGGCGGCAACCCACAGCAUGAUGUGUACGGCUUUCGGAAUUGGGAACACGGAGGAGCGUUCCGUGAAUACAUCGGCACCGGUGACCUUGGUCGCUUCCAGGGAUUCUUGGCCGCGCUUUCGUCAGCUGCCUUCACCGUGGUUGGGCCCGAGUACAUCUCCAUGGUCGCUGCCGAAGCCAAACGUCCUCGAACCUACAUCAAAGCGGCUUUCAAGAUGGUCUACAUCCGAUUUGGCAUUUUUUUCAUUGGAGGAGCUCUGGCUGUCGGAAUUGUAUGCGGUUCACGGGACCCCAAGUUGGCGGAUGUUAUCUUGAACGGAAGUUCAGGAUCAGCUGCCGCAUCACCGUAUGUGAUUGCCAUGCAGAACAUGGGUAUUGAAGGGUUCCCACAUGUCGUCAAUGCGCUAAUGUUGACAUCCAUCUUCUCCGCCGGAAACACCUACACCUUUUGCGCCAUCCGGAACUUGUACGGUUUGUCACUGGAAGGUAGAGCUCCAAAGUUCCUGAGGAAAUGCACCAAGAAGGGAGUUCCGAUCUACUGUUUCUGCGUGGUCAUGAUCUUCCCUAUGCUGUCUUUUCUGGCGUGUUCAAACAGCUCAUCUGUCGUGAUUACGUGGUUUGCAAAUCUUGUAACGGGUGGAGGUCUCAUCGAUUUCCUUGUCAUGAGUAUAACAUACAUCUUCUUCCAUCGAGCUUGUAAAAAGCAGGGACUCGACCGCAACAAGCUUCCUUACAAAGGGUGGUUCCAACCUUACUGUGCAUAUUUCUCGGCCAUCUGGCUGUUUUUGCUUACCUGCAUCUACGGGUACACUUGUUACAUGCCAUGGUCGGUGUCGGACUUCUUUUCACUCUACGCGAUGCAGAUCUUCAUCCCCCCCCUCUUCAUCAUUUGGAAGCUGGUCAAGCGAACGAGGAUGGUGAGGCCAGAAGAAGCUGACCUCGUUUGGGAACGGCCGACUGUCGACGCAUACGAGGAGACCAUCAUCGACCCACCUGUUGGGUUCUGGACGGAAAUGCUGCAACUCAUUGGGCUCAAGAGGCACAAGGGGGGAAACGACCAGCGACGACGGAGCAGCGUAAUGAUGCCGGCACAGGCAGCGUCAACCGGCUAUGACUCUCGGGGAGAAGUGUUGGAUCAGGGCAAGGCUUAG